CUCCUUAAAUAGAGAUGGUAACGUCGUGGCUCUCUUCUCAUCAUCAUUACAACCAUCGAAACGGUAUCGUAGUGAUCUCUGCAACCGUUUCGUUUCAUCAAGAUAGAAUCGGUGGGAGAUAAAAGAGACGAUGCAGAGAUUCGCGGCGAAAAGUAGGUUUCAAAACAUUCCCAUUUCUCUCUGGCGACGACGACGACGAUGCAUGAUCUCGUCGACGUCUGAAACAGCAACGGCUGCUUCCGACGAAUUUACCGCCAGGCUUCCGCCGUUUGAGUACAUUCCGCCACCGUAUACAGGUCCAUCAGCCGAUGUCAUCCUUACCAAAAGGAAAGAGUUUCUCAGCUCUUCCAUGUCUUGUCUCUACAAAAAACCGUUGAACAUAGUGGAUGGGAAGAUGCAGUAUCUAUUCGACGAGAGUGGUCGGAGAUACUUAGAUGCAUUUGCAGGUAUCGCAGUUGUGAACUGUGGGCAUUGUCACCCUGAUGUGGUUAAACCAGUCAUCGACCAAAUCAAACGACUCCAGCAUCCUACCACUCUUUACCUUAACCAUGCAAUUACUGACUUCUCUGAAGCUCUCGCUUCUAAACUCCCUGGUGAUCUCAAGGUUGUGUUCUUCACCAACUCAGGAACGGAGGCUAAUGAGUUAGCGCUCAUGAUAGCUAAGCUGUAUACUGGAUGUCAAGACAUUGUCUCGAUUCGUAAUGGGUAUCAUGGUAACGCUGCUGGAACUAUGGGUGCUACUGGUCAAAGCAUGUGGAAGUUCAACGUGGUUCAGACCGGAACUCACCACACUUUGAACGCUGAUCCAUAUAGAGGUGUGUUUGGUUCUGAUGGAGAAAAGUAUGCAAGAGAGUUGCACGAUCUUAUCCAAUAUGGCACGACCGGAAACAUUGCUGGUUUUGUUUUUGAAGCUAUACAGGGAGUUGGAGGGAUCGUUGAGCUAGCUCCAGGCUACUUGUCAGCAGCUUACGACAUUGUAAAGAAAGCUGGAGGGUUGUUCAUUGCAGAUGAAGUACAGUCUGGUUUCGCCCGUACCGGUGAUUUCUGGGGUUUUGAAGCUCACAAUGUUGUCCCUGACAUAGUAACCAUGGCAAAGGGGAUAGGGAAUGGGUUUCCUUUGGGAGCAGUUGUGACAACUCCAGAGAUUGCAAGAGUGUUGACACGUCGAUGCUACUUCAACACGUUUGGUGGGAAUGCUGUGGCUACUACAGCUGGUCUCGCUGUUCUGAAUGUGAUUGAGAAAGACAAGCUUCAGCAAAAUGCGUCCUUGGUUGGAACUUAUCUCAAAGUAAAAUUUAACCAGCUGAAAGAGAAACACGAAAUUAUUGGGGAUGUACGGGGAAGAGGACUGAUGCUUGGAGUAGAACUGGUGAGUGAUCGCAAGCUUAAGACUCCUGCAACUGCUGAGAUUCUACACAUCAUGGAUCAAAUGAAAGAGUUGGGUGUCUUGGUUGGAAAAGGAGGCUACUAUGGAAACGUCUUUAGAAUAACACCACCUCUCUGCUUCACUAAGGACGAUGCAGAUUAUCUCGUCGAAGCUAUGGACUACUCAAUGUCCAAGAUGUGAAGAAGAGAAACAGACACACAAUAUUAGCUUACUUGUAAUUUUUCUUUGAACUACCAAAAUGAUUGAUGAACCAACAUCUCGUUGAUUCUCAAUCAAUAUAUUUUUCUUAAUGUUAAACAUUUUCUAUC